UUUUCAUUUUAACUUGAUUAUUAAAAACUUGUCCUUAAAGAAGGGUUGUACAUGUGUUGUAUUUUUGUAGUACAAGGUGGUACAAGUAGUCAUAAGUAUGUUGAGGAUAGUACUUGUUCUUAACAUUCAACCAUCCAUUACUUAAACAUUGACAAACUCCAUUUUAAAAAGUUCAACUUAAUUAAACAUCUUUGUAGUCCUUAAUGGAGGAGGAGGAGGAAGAAGAAGCUUUAGAGAAAAUAAAGAGGAGAAGAAGAUGCGGAAAAAAGAAGAUGAAGUAGUUCGCUCCCUUUGCCAGGGUGACUUGAUCGUGGCCGGAGGUCAAUAUCGUCGCCCCCGCCGUAUCGCAGGCGUUGUACCCGGCGGCGUCCACCACCGCCACGUUGUGCAGCCCUUGCGGGGAUUUUGUAAGAGGCGUGAAGAAAUGUCUUGCAGAAAGUGGCCAAUUUAUAUCGUGGAGGAUGAAAAUUUUAAGUUAAGACGCAUUGACGGUCAUCUUGAGAUUCGCUUGACAGUGGCCAGGUAUGGCGCAGAUGAAGUAGUUUGCUCCCUUGGCCAGAGUCAGCUGGUCGUUGCCGGAGCUGUAAACCUUCGCCCCCGCCGCGCUGCAGGCGCUGUAGCCGCCGGAGCCCACCACCGCCACGUUGUGUACCCCUUUCGGGUAUUUGAAAACUGCAUGCAAACAUGGCAAUCAGAAGAAAGAAAAAAAAAAGAAUCAAAUAAUAAUAACGUUACACCUCGGAUCUCAUGGUGCAUUUAACGAGUAGUUGAGAUAAGAAGUAUGUAUUAAUUGAUUCGAUUUACCGAUCAUGUCACCGGCCUUGAAGCUCUUUCCGGCGGGCCAAGAGCCGGCGCCGAAGGUCCAAGUGACGGUGUAAGAGGCUGCAUCGGCCGGGUUCAUCUGCUCGACGGCGAACAUGAACAGUACCAUAGUGGUGGCCAGUAUUGCAAUAGCUCCUUUCAUUUUUGGUUUUUUUAGCUUUGUAAUAUUUAACUUGAUCAAUAUUAGCAAGUGAUUUUUUGGAUAG